AUCCAUUUAAUCCCCCAAAGGUACGGUUUAUAACAAAAAUCUGGCACCCAAAUAUAUCGUCUGUAACAGGUGCAAUAUGUUUGGACAUAUUAAAAGAUCAGUGGGGAUGAAAUGUUAGUGCAGCAUAUGAUACCAAUGAUGCAGCAAGCUUCUGUGAUGGCAACAUACAUCAUCUCCAUCUUUCAAGAAGUUCAGGAUCCUCUCUCACUGCAAUGGAGAUAAUGCUGAUGCUCUUCGGGGAUCAUAAGUAUAUGUUUCUCAUUGGUUUACUCACCAAGAUAGAGCAGUAACUGUCCACCAUUACAACAGAUUGAGGCAGUUGCAAUGAGGCAGCUCUUGAAGAUGGAUUUAGUUUGCUACAAACAAAUCAUUGUGUUAUCACACAAUAAUGCCCAGGCAUGCUUGGUCAACAGCACAUGUGGCUUGUUACAGUGCCACUGUUUGAAGAUACAAAGCCACCCUGACAACAGCCCUGGUGCUAUAUCCAGUGAUUUCCAUCUGCUUCGACUGUUGAAAGAGUUUGUGAUUGGCACGGAAUUCACAUCAAAGGAGGAUUUUCAGGCUGCUGCAAUGACACUGAGAACAGUUCUGCUGUCCCUUCAGGCACUUCUGGCUGCAGCUGAGCCAGAUGAUCCUCAAGAUGCUGUUGUAGCAAAGCAGUUCAAAGAAAAUCAGGACAUGUUUAGACAAACAGCUCGACAUUGGACAUUCAUUUAUGCUGGAGGUCCUCACAGGAAUUCAGAUUUUGACUUGAAAAUACGACGGCUUACGGAUAUGGGAAUAGAAGAUCAUCAAGCACGAGUAGCCUUAUCGUCAUACAACUGGGAUCUGGAGAGAGCCACAGAACAGCUCUUCAGUUAGUUAACAGUGUCAGCUGUGAAAUGACGAGAAUUAACUGAUGUGAAAUAGUUAUAUUCAUAUUGUCACCUCUUUGGAAUCCAUCCUUAAGUGCAGUUAUGCGAGUCAUGUUAUGAAACGGAACAUUGUCACAUGGCAGUCAAGUAGUUUACUAAUGUAUGUAUACUGUGAAAAUGGAUGGAGGGUAUGUGAAAUGUAAAUACGAAUAUAAUACCUUACAUGUAUGCAAGUUGUCAUUUUUAAGUUUUCUUUUUGUUUUGGAAUUUGUACACUAAAUAAACUGAAUUAAGUAACAAUAUAACAACAAUUUGUUAGCUAAUGUCAGUUGUGAUGCGUGCGCCCACACACACACACACACACACACACACACACACACACACACACACUCACACACUGAAGUUUUUAUUUUGCUGUAAUGUAAAGAAUAAAAUAGGAUUUCCAGCUGCAGCACAUGUAGUUGUUGAGUAAGAGAUUAAACCUUUGAAGACCAUAGUCUCAAAAAGUAUUAUAAUUUUGUUCCAUAAGAAAAAAUCUCCUGGAAAUUUGUUACGAAACUGUUGUUACUGCCGAUGAUAGUGCUACACGUAAAAAAGUAAAGAUGUUUAUGCUGUAAGCAAUAGCCAUGAAUAUUCUCAUUUUUGUAUGGAGUCAGAAAAUGAUAAGAUUCACAAAUAUUAAAAUGAUUGUAUUGUUUUACUGUAUAUACACACACGCAACUCUAAUUUGCUAUUUCUGCCUCAUUUUAUUGUAACAAGAACAUUCCAUACCAGUGAUUACGCAGUUUAAGUUCAUUUGUUAAGUUAAACAUAUAACUUCUGCUGUUCUUGGCUGCUGUUCUUGUUUAUUAUAUAAAACUCUGUAUCCUGUC